CUCUCCCUUACUCGCCAAGAUGGCGGCGGAUGGGCCGUGGGCUUUUAACUGAUGCUUUCCCUGUUUCUUCUGAUCUCAGCUUCUGAUAUAAAGUGACGUUAAGAAGGAAUGAUGGCAGCUUUGGAUACUAAAGUAAAAGCAAAAAAAACUUUGGGAACUGUUGAUUAUGUGGAGUCAUCAGAAUUUGCGCAAGGAAUUCUGCCUACAAAGAAGGAUGUCAUUCAAAACAUGUUAUAUCUGUUGCAUCCCAAAAGGGCAGGGCAGGCCCAGCGAUCCAAAGAAGAUGCUGCCCAGUUGCUUGCUGAACUUUUGCAGGAACACUGGUUGUUUUGCAAUUUGUAUACUAUAGCAACGCAAAGCAUAAAGAAGCAUAUUCUUAAAGUGUAUGAGGAAUUCUCAAAGUUGUAUCAAUCCAGGAAGCGAAGAAAAAACGAACUGUUCACACAGAAAGCAGAUGACUUCAACAGGAGUUCAGAACAGCUUUUUGAUAUAUUUUGUACAGACACUGUAACAAGAGAGAAAUUGGAACAAUACAGUGGUGUGAAGAUGACAGACAUUGAGUGGAAAUUUCUUGAAGAUCAAAGGAGUGAAAGAAAAAUGUACUUUGAGGACUUCAUGGACAAGAAACAAAUGGAAACAAUAGAAAGGCGAAGAAAGGUAGAGUCACUGGAGCAUUUCAGGAAGAUUGCAGAAGAAGAGAGAGAAGCUUGUAAGCGUAAAGGAAUGGCUCCCAACCGAGAUGAGCAGCCAGUCGAAGACGUCAGUAAUAGGAAUAAAGAUGACUCCUGUCUUGAACAUAACAAAGGAAUUGGAGGCUUUUCACAUAAGGCAAAAAGAAAGCGCUUAUCUUCUGGUUGGAUUACUGGGACAGCAACUUCGACUAGCUAUAGCGAGUCAGUUGCUCCUGAAUGUCAGCAUAUACGUAUGAGUAUCAGAAAAGUCAGACCAGGCUUCUAUGAGACUUUUGAUAAAUAUGAAAAUUGCUAGCCCAAUUUUUAAAUCUCUAGAGGAGAUUGUUUCUGUUGAAGUUUACAGAGUUUUGGGAGGUCUUAAAAUACCCUGAAUUAAUUGGAAGUUGAUGUAGAUAAUUAUGUUGGGCUCCAUUAAUGUACAGCAACAACACCAAAGCAAUGACAUCCGUAGAAACUGGCUUCUAGCUUACUGGAAAGGGUUAAGAUGUGAUUUGCUUAGGCCUGUAUUGAUACCUUCACAAGGUGAAUGUACUAGGUACUAAAAGGCUAUAGUUUAGCAAAGGCAGGCAAAGGAACCAAUGUUUUGAACUUAAAACAAACUAUAUGCAAAUGGAAGGUUAAAUUACAUGAAAAUAAUUUAAACUCUGAAACAGACUGCUUAGGAAGGAGGUGCGUUCUCCAUCGCAUACAGCCUUCAUAUUGGGCUGGACACCCCUAAAAAAAAUGAAAAAUAAACCUUUUUUGCUGAAAGAUAUUAUAGAGGCCUGAGACAGAAGUAUGAGGAGAAAAUGCAGUCUCUCCUGCAAACAAUCACAUUAAAUAACCUGUUGCCCGUUCCAACCUCACAAUCUCCUAAGACACGGAAAACCAUGUAUAAUUUUUUUAAAGUAGCAACUAAUGAGUUGGCUACUAAAAGGAGAAUGAGGUCCUGAGGUUAUGUGUCCCAAUGCAGGGUUUUUUUGAGGUUCACAACAGACUGCUGACUAACUAUUAACUACUAGUAGAGCACCCAUCAAUGGCAAUGAUUUAGAAAGUGCUGUAGUUUCUUGUAUAAAACAAAACAAAACCCCCUCAGUAAUACUUUCCUGGUCUUAAGAGGUGGAGCAUAUGCAACUUAUAGUUAAUUCAUUGAGACUUGGAAUGGAAUCUGCUUCUUUCAAGACUAGGUGUUUGCAAGGGAAGGAAAAUGGAUUGCUUGGCUAAGCCCAGCAGAUGUGAAGUUGCUAAGAGACCUCUACAGAUCUGAGAACCAGCUUUGAUAUAUAACAUUGGCUUGUGUGUGAAGAAAAGAAAGGUCAGGGAAUUUAAGCAAUGGUUUUAGGUGUAAAUGUGGUGGUGACAACUAUCUGUAUAUUUUCUGCAUUCUUAGCAAUUAAAUAUCAUUGGUGGUGAGAAAUUCUGUAGAAAAGUAGAAUUUGUAACUGAAAAUAUUUGAGAAUUGAAAAAUGUAUAAUGCACUGAACAUGACGGGGUGGAGCUACAUAAAGCGUUAUUUUAGAGGGGUUUAAGAAAGUUAUGAAAGUUAUGAUAUUUGGAACAGUGGGAGGACCUAGCAGUAGUGCAGUAAUAUCAGCUGAUUGGAAGCAGGUUUUUAAAGCCUUGGAGUUAUAGGUCUGCAUACAGGAGUCAUACGUAGUACUUUUUUUUUCCAGUUCAAAGCUAAGCAAAAUUCCUGUGUGCCCCCCCAACACUCUAGUUUAUUUCAUAUAGUCCAAAUUCAGCCAUAUUGUUCGUGUUGAUGGCCUGCACUUACAGUCCCCAGCAACUUGACCUCUGGGUCACAUGGCAUAAAUACAGACAUCUAUACGUGGAAUUGCUGUAAUCCUACCUCAAAAAAAUGGUGGAAAGGUUCCAGAAACCUGGAAUGAAUACAUGCCCAUAAGCCUUCUCCUCCUGCUGCGGUGUGUGGAAAGCAUGUUCCUGGGUAUACUGCCCUAUCGGGUGUAUGGUACUUCCAUGUUGGUGGUCAUGGAGUCUUGUGGCUGGUUUACAGAUGCACCUGGUGGUUCUUAGCUGAAUAUGUGAACUCUAACAAGCAGUGUAUUUGAGUUAACAUUAAGUGAUAUAAAAAUUUAUCUGCAGUGAUUGUUUUUUCAUACGUGUCCUCCUUUGAUGCUAUAAGCAACAAGUUUUGAGUGUGGAUAUGUGAACUGGCCUGCUGAAUUUAGCUUUCAUCAAAUUCUUUGCCUCCUACAGUUUGCUUUCUCACACAGUAAGUUAGCACUAAAGCCUAACAGCAAAACUAACUAGUCUUGUUAUACUUCCCCCAGAAAUACUUUAGUUUGACGAUAGCCUUUAAAGACACGGGGACCAAAAAAUCUUACUUUGUGCAUUUAGCAUUUCAUGUUAAACUAAGGAAUAAUUAUUUUAUCUACUCUUUCAUCUGACUAAGAUUAUCUGGCUGGAUUAGGAAUAGCAUGCCCAUAUCAGACCAUACCAGCUUCCUGAGAGUCAAACAAAUAGGUAAACAUGUACAGAUUUGUAAAACGAAUUACAUCAGUAGUGCAGGAAGUUAUACUGAUACAAAAUGCUGCAAGUGGGACAGUUGUGAGCAUGUAGGCCCCACCAAAAUUGUUUGGGCAUAGGUUCAUUUUACUUCAGAAAUAAUUGGCACUUUAAUGCAAAACAUCAACCUCUUUUUACAUAAGUAGGAACAUAGGAAGCUGUCUUUAUACUGAGUCAGACCGUUGGUCCAUUUAGCCCAGUAUUGCCAACACUGACUGGCAGCAGCACUCCAGGGUUUCAGGCUAGCUUCUUUCCUAGCCCUACCUGGAAAUGCUGGAGAUUAAAUUUGGGACCUUCUAAAGGCAAAGCAUUUGCUUCUAUACUUGUGCACAAGGGAUUUUACGAUCUAUACAAAAUACUAGAUUUAUUACUUUAUAUGGUGGAAUCAAAUAUAUGGUAUAAGGGGUAUGCUGUAUAUCAGGCAUAAAUUUACAAGAAAGUAUGAUUAAGCUAAGCCAGUAUGGCUUUUAUGUUAUUAUUCAAUCUGAAUAUUGUGGAUUCUAAGAAAAGUGGCAAGUUCAAUAGGGAAAUUUUAAUGGAACGUAGGAGCUCUGCUAGAUCAGACCAAAGGCCUGCUUCCCACUGUAGCUAACCAGGUGCCUCUGAGAAGCCCACAAGCAGGACAUGAGGGCAAUGUGUCUCUCCUGCCAUAGUUCCCUAGCAACUGGCACGCUCCUGGUACUGGAAGUAAUAUAUAGCUAUCAUGACUAAUAGUCAUUGAUAGCCUAAUUCUCCAUUAAUUUGUCUAAGCCUAUUUUAAAGUUGAAGGUCAUCACCUUAUCUUGUGAAAGCAAAUUCCCAUACUUAACUUUGUGCUGUGUGAAGUAUUUAACUUUUGCCUGUCCUGUAUCUCCCACCAUUCAACUUUAUUAGAUGGCCACAGGUUCUAGUAUGAGAGAGGGAGAAAAUAGAAGGGGAAUAGAGGUAAGUGAGGCGAGGAAGGGGAACUUGGGGGAGAUCAUUUUGUAUUUUGGAGGCCUUGAGUAUGUGGAGAUUAGAUAUGGAGUAAAGGACACUGGCAGAGCUGAAGUAUUGGAAAUAACAUGUUAUGUAAAUAAAUCACUCAAAAUCAGUUCUCUGAAUGCUUGCCAGGACUUCAGCUGUAUCACAAACACUUCAUGAUAAACAUUCAUGAAGGCCACAUAAAGAUUAACAGGAUCAAUAGCAUUUGCCUUGUCUAAAUUUAAGGGGGAGAUGGCUCAAAAGCAUUAGUCAAAUUAUUUUGGAAAGUUGUAUGUAGUAUCUCUGAAACUGGAAGUUAUUUACUCUCAAUGUUUCUCAAAACUUGACCAUGUUUGGCUAUGUACUCCUUACUCUUCCUAUUACUUCUAACAGCUCUGCAUGCAUUUCUAGCUGUGAUUCCUUUAUGUGGGUCUAAUCCACCUACUUCUGCUGCUGUUUCAUGACAACUGUUUCAGCUCUAAUGUUAUGGAAAUCAUUUGUCAGGCAGUCCAAGGAAGAAAAUGCUGUCGAGGUAUUAAAGAAGUUAUUACUUUGCAGAAUAUUCAUUGAUCUUUGAAGCAAUAAAAAUACCCAGUUUCCUCUGGAAAUUAAGUGGAACCAAAACUUUAUAAA